CCCUACAGGACUAAACAAUCGCUGUGGUAUUGUAUUUACCUACAGAACACCAAGAGUGCUCAAUCUUAAUGAGAAAGGAUUAGCAGCCAAGUGACUUCCACACUAUAAAAAUCCAUUAGCCCAAAUCAAGGCAAGCUCACUCGCCUGAUCGUUUGGGGAAGGAGAAACAUUUGCCUUUAGUGCAGCGCCUAUAAUGGCCCCUCAGUCGUGUCAGAGUCUGGGAAAGCUGUGUUCCCAGGGGCAACUGAUUGUUUUGUUGUGCUUCUUGACAUGUGGCUCGCAGUCUAUGUAUUUGGACUUCUUCGGCAGCUCUUCAAGAUGCACGCGGAUCCCGAGGAGCAUGGCUCUGUGCUAUGACAUUGGAUAUUCAGAGAUGAGGAUCCCCAACUUGCUGGAACAUGACACAAUGGCCGAGGUGAUCCAACAAUCCUCCAGCUGGUUACCGCUGCUGGCAAGGGAGUGCCACCCCGAUGCAAGGAUAUUCCUGUGCUCCCUAUUUGCACCUAUUUGCCUGGAUCGGUAUAUCUACCCAUGCCGCAGUCUGUGUGAGGCAGUACGGGGCAGCUGUGCCCCUAUAAUGGCCUGCUAUGGGUACCCAUGGCCUGAGAUACUCAGAUGCGAUAAGUUUCCUGAGGACCACGGCAUGUGCAUCUCACCCAUCACAAAUGGCACCGGUUCUACCCGCAGAAUGCCCCGAGCCAGCUGUAGGGACUGUGAACUUGAAGAAGCCAGCACAGCCAAGGAGAUACUGGAUACCUUCUGUGAUAAUGAUUUUGUUGCCAAGGUCCGUAUCACCAAAAAGAACAUCACUUCGGCUAACCUGUAUGACUUUGAUUUGGAUUCCAAACUCGAGAUCCUGAAACACGGCUCCUUGCCUAAAACAGACGUCCUCCCUAGGCUUCAGCAGUGGCUGGAUCUGGAUGCUACCUGUGUGCAGAAUAUCAUGCGUGGGACUCGCACAGGCAUCUACGUGAUUGGCGGAGAAGUGCAAGAGGACAAGGUAGUGGUGAACAAUGCCUACGCUUGGCAGAAAAAGAACAAAAACCUGCAGUUUGCCGUACGGAAAUGGAAGAAUCAUAAGUGUCGGCCAUAGGAAUUCCCAAUUUGUUCUACUGCUGAAAAUUUAUCUAUAUCUGUAAAUAUCUAUACUAACUUACUAUAAAAAAAACUUUUUGGAAAAAAAGAGAUGGUCUCCUACUGCAUCAGAGGUCCCCAGGGUACUCAGAGAAGGUAUAUUAUUGCGCUUAAGAUUUACUUAGGGGUGUGUUCUCACUCAAUAUACAUACUUUCUCCUCUGUAAGUAACAAUGAAAUGGGCCAGGCAAAAAAAUAACUUAUAGCCAAUAUAUACCCUGUAGCCAAUUAGUAUAUGUUCAUCAGACCCAGCUACUCACAAAGAACAGCAGCUAUUGGCUACAUUCCACCUGGGUAAAAGCAGAACUGGUAGAAACUCUAUGAUCUUUAUGGCAAAGAAUCAGAUAUGGACCCUCUUUCUUAGAUACACGGACUCAUUUGCUGACAUGGGUCUACAGCAGCAGUUAUGGUUGAUUAAUUAAGUAAAAAUCUGAUUGGCUGCUAGGAAUAACUGCACUGCUGCACCCAUGUUAGUAAAUUGCCCUGCAGUAGUUCUACUGCUUACACAUGGAAGAAAAAAAAACCCAGCAGCAUAUUAAAAAAACUAUCUAAUUUUCUUAUUUAAAGCCAAACAGCACUGUUUAAGUCUGUGUAAAAAAAAAGUGGGAUCAAUAAGAGACUUACCGACAGGUAAUGACUGCAAAAAGCUCUAGUGCACUUAUAUAGGGUCAUUAUGUACAGGGAUAGGGAUGAUGGCACACUGGAGCUUGUUAUGGGACAAACCCAGGAUAAUAAAAUACUGAGCAGGACCUGGGGGUGGGGGGCUGUUUGGGUCUAAAUGUACUUGCAAUGCCAAGGCCUAUUUUGACCCCCAGUCCAGACCUGACACUAAGAAUAGCUUCCCCCUGAUUACUCUGGGUACCACAGACAGUAGGCCAUGGUUUUUGGGAAAUGAUGACAGGAUAACCUGUGAAGUUAUAUCAUUGCUGCUUUUCCAGGGCAACAUAUUCCAACAGCCAUAAAGGAGGGCUUUAACUAAUGCACAUUCCUCUUGCACUCAAAUGCUUACAUGCCUUUGCAGAACUGAAAUAAAUCCCAUAUACUAUGUUUAUAUGGCUGAUAGUCCGUUGCACUGGUACAUUAAUCAUAUUUUAGUGUAAUGUGAUAGAACUGAGAAGGGUAAUGUCAAGAGACACUUCCUACCUCAGUAAAUUAAGCUUUUGCUGUUCUACCUGGCUCUCAUCUGGGGCGAACACAAGGGGGCACUCAGGUUACACGUUUGUGAUAUUAACAUAUAAAAAGAUUUAAAAAGCAAAAUAUCUAAUGUACAUUGCAAAAGUGCUGAGAGGAGCGCUCUGAGAAAUUUUCUUUCAAUCAGUACUUCCAUUCAAACUAUAAUGAUAUCACUGGAAAAGAGCCAUCAAAGUGACAGUCCUUAUUAACCAGAAUAAUGACUUAAUGGCUGGUUAUUGGUUAAUUUCCCCACUGUUAAUACAAGUGCGCUGUAAAAUAGCAAUGUAAGUGGAAAUGUAACAUUUCUGAAGGGGUGGGGGGGGGAUUUAGAUCUGUACAAAGUGCCACACAUUUUCAAAUGCUUAUAAAUAAUAAUUAAAAUGUGUUUAACAACAAAUUCUGGAAUGGUUAUAUGGAAUAGUCAUAAACACGAGGGAGGAGUAUUACCUUAUACACCAUACUGUAUGUUUUAAUAGCUAAUUAAUUACUAAUCUCCAAAGGUCAAAAAAUAUAGAUUCCCCAUGUACUGUGAGCUUGUUAAAUGGAUCUUGUACAGCACAGGCAGCCAAUGGCAUUGUUGCACCACCUUGGAACCCAGAUGGAAAUCAAUAUAAGGGCCUGAGGCACCUACAUCCCAUAUUGCAAGUACUGAGAAAAGGCAAAGGACUAGUAAGAGAGGCAGGUCAC